AUGACACAUUCCUGGCUUUGGUGUAGGCCCUGCGAGGUGCACAGAACCAGUGACCUGGUGGCCAGGAACUACGCCAACUUCUGGAUCCAACUGGUGAAGGGGGAGCAGAAGGAGCUGCGCACCCAGAGCAAAGACAUGCAAACGUCCCUAGAGAACCUGCAGCAGGAAGUGAGGCUCUGGCAGGCCCGGUAUGAAGAGGCGAGGGACAACCUGCUUAACUUCGAAAUCUUGCUGAGGAAGCUGGACAGCCAGUGCGAGGCUCGGGUCCGGUCUGACCGUUAUUGCGGAAAACGGAAAGCCUUGGGCGGGCUGCCCAUUGGACACCGUGCCGGAAGUGGGAACCGGAAACGGUGUUCGGUGCCGCCGGGGUUGGCUCAAACAGUGGCGGUUGCAGUGGAGCCCCUCGCGGGCGGCGCGCGCUGUGCUGGAUCAGGUGGUGCUGCGGGUGAGGAGCUGCGGGAGGCUGCAGGAGGCCUGGGAGGUGCAGGGGAGCCGGAGCAGGAGGCUGCAGGAGGCCUGGGAGGUGCAGGGGAGCCGGAGCAGGAGGCUGCAGGAGGCCUGGGAGGUGCAGGGGAGCCGGAGCAGGAGGCUGCAGGAGGCCUGGGAGGUGCAGGGGAGCGACCGCUGCGCCUAAAUGCCGGCGUUUACUGGGUGGACUCGCAGCGGAAGCGGUAUGUCCCCGUGAAAGGAGACCAUGUGAUUGGCAUAGUGACGGUUAAAUCGGGAGAUAUAUUUAAAGUCGAUGUUGGAGGGAGCGAGCCAGCGUCUUUGUCUUACUUGGCAUUUGGAGGUGCAACUAAAAGAAACAGACUAAAUGUGCAGGGAGAUCUCAUUUAUGGACCAUUUGUGGUUGCUAAUAAAGAUAUGGAACCAGAGAUGGUUUGUAUUGACAGCUGUGGACGAGCCAACCGAAUGGGUGUGAUUGGACAGGAUGGACUACUUUUUAAAGUGACUUUGGGCUUAAUUAGAAAGCUGCUAGCUCCAGGCUGUGAAAUCCUACAGCGUGGAAAACUCUACCCACCGGAAAUAGUGUUUGGAAUGAAUGGAAGAAUAUGGGUGAAGGCAAAAACCAUUCAGCAGACCUUAGUUUUGGCAAACAUUUUAGAAGCUUGUGAACAUCUGACAGCAGAUCAAAGAAAACAAAUCUUCUGCAGGUUGGCAGAAAGUUGAUCUCUGUGGA